AUGCGGCCGUGGGCGGGGUCGUGGCGGUGGAUUACCCUGGUGCUCCUGGCCUGGGGGACCUUGCUCUUCUACAUCGGGGGGCACUUGGUGAGGGACAGCGAGCACCCGGAGAGGUCCAGUCGAGAGCUCUCCAAGAUCCUGGCCAAGCUGGAACGCCUGAAGCAGCAGAAUGAAGACUUGCGACGCAUGGCGGAAUCACUGAGGAUACCGGAGGGACAGGCUGAGGUGGGCUCUCUGGCUGCUGGACGACUGCGCUCUCUGGAAGAUCAGCUGACUCGAGCCAAACAGAAAAUCCACAGCUUUCAGAAACUCACGGGAGACGGCCCAGGUCCCACUCAGGAGGAGCUGCGGAGGCGCGUGGAGAACGGGGUGAAGGAGUUCUGGUACUUUGUCCGCAGCGAGGUGAAGAAACUGGCCAUCACCGAGGAGAGCGAGAGGCCCAAGUACGCGGAGGUGCUGCUGCAGGACAUGGGCCAUCAGGAGAGAUCCAUCAUGACAGACUUGUACUACCUCAGCCAGGCCGACGGAGUGGGCGACUGGAGAGCCAAGGAGGCCAAAGAUGUGUCCGACUUGGUCCAGAACAGAAUUACCUACUUACAGAACCCUCCUGACUGCAGCAAGGCCCGGAAGCUUGUGUGCAACAUCAACAAGGGCUGUGGCUACGGCUGCCAGCUGCACCACGUGGUCUACUGCUUCAUGAUCGCCUACGGCACCCAGCGCACGCUCAUCCUGGAGUCGCACAACUGGAGGUACGCCCCCGGAGGAUGGGAGACCGUGUUCCUGCCUGUGAGCAACUCCUGCACCGACCGCUCCGGAGCAUCCACGGGACACUGGUCUGGUGAAGCCCAUGACAAGGACGUCCAGGUGGUAGAGUUGCCCAUCGUGGACAGUCUACACCCUCGGCCGCCCUAUCUGCCCCUGGCCAUUCCUGAAGACCUGGCUCCCCGGCUGCACAGGCUCCACGGCGACCCUUCCGUCUGGUGGGUCUCUCAGUUCGUAAAGUACCUGGUCCGACCUCAGGCAUGGCUGGAGAAGGAGAUCCAGCAGACCACAGCCAAACUGGGCUUCAAGCAUCCCAUCAUCGGGGCAGGGGCCGUGGUGGAGGCAGGGGCCGUGGUGAAGGCAGGGGCCGUGGUGAAGGCAGGGGCCGUGGUGGAGGCAGGGGCCGUGGCGAGGGCUUCUGUCAUCACUGUGUGGAGAGAAUGGAUUCUUUUUCCCGGAGCUCCUCACCCCUCCAUCCUCAUCCCUCACUCCCCAUCCCCCUAUCCACGCGCCCCCACCUCACCCCUCACUCCCCAUCCCCCUAUCCUUGCCCCCUCCAUCUUCACCCCUUACUCCUCAUCUCUUGAUCCUCACCCCGUGCUUACUCAUCCCUCCAACCUAAUCCCUCACUCCUCCAUCCUCAUCCCUCACUCCUCCUCCCCUCCAUCCUCAUCCCUCCAUCUUCAUCACCCCCUCCAUCCUCACCCCUCACUCUUCACUCCUCCAUCCUCAUCCCUCACUCCCCAUCCCCCUAUCCACGCCCCCCCACAUCACCCCUCACUCCUCAUCUCUUCAUCCUCACCCCUCAUUCCUCCAUCCUUCUCCCUUCUUUACCCAUCCCUCCAUCUUCACCCCUUAUCCCUCCAACCUCAUCCCUCACUCUUCACUCCUCCCUCCUCAUCCCUCCAUCCUCAUACCUCACUCUUCACUCCUCCAUCCUCAACCUUCACUCCUCCAUCCUCAUCCCUCACCCCUCAUUCCUCCAUCCUCAUCUCUCACUCCUCCAUCCUCAUCUCUCACUCCUCACUCCUUCAUCCUCAUCCCUCACCCCUCAUUCCUCCAUCCUCAUCUCUCACUCCUCACUCCUCCAUCCUCAUCCCUCACUCCUCCAUCCUCAUCCCUCACCCCUCAUUCCUCCAUCCUCAUCUCUCACUCCUCACUCCUCCAUCCUCAUCCCUCACUCCUCCAUCCUCAUCCCUCACUCCUCCAUCCUCAUCUCUCACUCUUCACUCCUCCCUCCUCAUCCCUCCAUCCUCAUACCUCACUCUUCACUCCUCCAUCCUCAACCCUCACUCCUCCAUCCUCAUCCCUCACCCCCCACUCCUCCAUCCUCAUCCCUCACCCCCCACUCCUCCAUCCUCAUCCCUCACCCCUCACUCCUCCAUUCUCAUCUCUCACUCCUCCAUCCUCAUCCCUCACCCCUCACUCCUCCAUCCUCACCCCUCACCCACCCUCAUUCCUCCAUCCUCAUCUCUCACUCCUCCAUCCUCAUCCCUCACCCCUCAUUCCUCCAUCCUCAUCUCUCACUCCUCCAUCCUCAUCCCUCACCCCUCAUUCCUCCAUCCUCAUCUCUCACUCCUCCAUCCUCAUCUCUCACUCCUCAUCCCUCACCCCUCACUCCUCCAUCCUCAUCCCUCACUCCCCACUCCUCCAGCCUGGCCCCCUCCCUCCUCAGCCUGUGUGCUUGUAUUCGCCUGCAGCUCUGGCUCUACCCGUCUCUUCUCCAUGAUUUGA